AUGGUACUACUUGGUGUGCAAAUUACUUGUGAACUUACGAAUUUAACUAAUCUAAGUCCUUCAUGUGACCAUUUUCGUUGGUAUUUAAAGGUAAAAUGCGGGAACUGUGGCGAAGAUACUCAUGAUUAUGUAUAUAUUAACGGUUUAGAAAAGACACCAAUCCAAGACAGUCGUGGGGAUGCGAAUUUAGUAAUCCGGUGCAAAUUUUGUAAACGAAUUUCAAAUGCGGAUAUCAUUCCUGGCAGCAUACUUCCAUACUCACUUGACGAUUCGGGUCAUUUCAAAACCAUUGCAAAGUUUGACUGUCGUGGUUUAGAAUUUACUGAAUUUUCUCCUCGUUCUGGUUGGUCUGCUUCAAGUGUCAAUUCCGAUGCGGUUUUUGAUGACAUUUCAUUAACAGAUGAGAUUUGGUGCGAUUAUGAUGAGAUAGGUAAAUGUGAAGUCAGCAUACAAAAUUUUCAAAGUCAAAUAAUUAAACUGAAAUGUUAA